AUGAGGAUUUGGGUGUGGUUUGCUGUAGCAAUUGCUUUGAGUACCGCGGCGUUCGCCAGCGGCAGUCGAGUUAGGAGAGGCAUUCGUCAAGAACAAAUCGUCGUUUUAAACACCAAGAAUCUUACCAACCCUGUGGAAGUUUUGGGCAGAAUGAAAGCUCUCGUGCUCAACGAUUCUGCGGAUCACAAAAUUCGCCAUACUUAUCUUAUUGGUGAGAAGAAUUUUGUUGGUUUUUCCUUCGAAAACUCUGACGAAUACGUAGUGUGGCAGUUACGCAACCGGCCCGAAGUCGAGUUUGUAGAACCAAACGCCUGGAUGGUGCUUUGCACCCUGUGCGAGGCUGAGAACACAAAAAAGAAGAGCGGAGAUUUGUGGGGCCUUUCCCGAAUAAAUAUCCGCAAAAGGGGGUCAAACGACGUCACCUAUAAAUAUGAAACAGACGCUGGCAAGGGCGUUUACGUUUACGUCGUCGAUACUGGCAUUGCUGUCGCAAACCCGGAGUUUGGUGGGAGAGCAGUAUGGGGAGCCGAUGUUUCUUACGAAUCGCUUAACAGAAAAAAAGACCUUAAUGGCCAUGGUACCCGUUCUGCCAGCAUCAUUGGUUCCAAAACAUUCGGAGUCGCCAAAUCUGCCACUCUAGUAGCCGUCAAAGUAGGGGAUGCUAAUGACAACUUUAACUCUGUGAAAAUAGACGACGUUUUAGCUGGGCUGGCGUGGGUUUCAGAACACCACAAAAACCGCUCUGUUGGCACCAACUCGACUGUCAAAUCUGUCAUCAAUCUUGGCGCGACUCUUGCAAAACACUCCGCAGCGCUGGAAAGCGCUGUUAAAGCCAUAGUGGACCUAAAUAUCCCUGUGGUAGUUCCCGCCGGGAACGAGUUUGCCGACGCAAGUCAUCACUCUCCGUCGAGGAAUAACACCAUAAGAGUAGGGGCAACGGACAGAAAAGACAGGCUGUGGUACAUGUCUCAUUACGUCGGAUCAAAUUAUGGCAGCGCCGUCGACAUUCUUGCACCUGGAGAGCACAUUUGGGGCAUCGGUCUCAAUGGUCCCGGUCUUAAAAACGGCACAUCGAACAGUGCGGCUUUCGUAAGUGGUGUAAUCGCGCGCUAUCUCACGAAUCUGACCCAAAAAAUGCAUCCCUCCGAAAUAAAAGAGUGGCUGCUUUCUUAUGCGACUAAAGGCAUAAUUGACAUCAGAGACAAAGAAGGAACGGCAAAUAGGUUACUUUAUAUGGACUGUAAUGGACCAAUCGUUACUACGGUGUCGCCGGGAAAUUUAACGACAGCUUCAACAAAAACCGUCACUACCAUGGCACCAACGGACACUACUUCAUCCAGGGAAAACACAACAUCAACGUCCAACAACAACGUUACAACAACGAGCAGUAUUAUUACCACAACUAUAAGCGAAAUUGUUACCUCAACAACUACGCGCGUUACCACAACGCCAAGCACUAAAAUUCCCACGACAUCGAGCAGAAACUUGACCACGACACCAAGCGGCAACGUGACCACGACGCCAAGCAGAAACGUGACCACGACGCCAAACGGCAAUGUUACCACAACGCCAAAUGGCAACCUUACCACAACGCCAAGCAACAACGUUACCACAACGAUGCUCAGUAGCAGCACAACAAAGGUACCGCCGCCCACCACUCCGCCCAGCAAGUCCAGUAGGAGCGAUAGCAAUAGUGUAAUCAUAUCUUUCCUUUGUUGUCUCGUUAUACUGAAUGUGAGAUAA